AUGAAACCUCAAACUUUCCCUUGUUUCCUUUUCAUCCUCUUUCCCCUUUUCUUCUCUUUAUCCUGCUCAUGCACAUUCACUAUAACAAACAACUGCCCGGAUACCAUCUGGCCAGGUACUUUAGCGGGUUCGGGCAGGCCUCAACUCCCAACAACUGGAUUCCGGUUGGACUCUGGCCAAAGUGCGAGAAUUCCUUCUACUCCCGGAUGGUCAGGACGUAUAUGGGCAAGAACAGGUUGCACAUUUGAUGAGUUGGGAGCGGGCACGUGUCAAACAGGCGACUGUGGAGGAAGACUGGAAUGUAAUGGCAACGGUGCCACUCCACCUGCCUCACUCUUCGAGAUAACCCUUGGCAAUGGCAAUGAUAAAGAUUUUUACGAUGUCAGCAUUGUAGAUGGCUACAAUCUACCCCUUAUCGCUUCUCCACGCGGCGUGUAUGGUGCCUGCAAUGCUACUGGCUGUGCUUCAGAUAUCAACAUAGGUUGCCCAAAAGAGCUUCAGGUGGUGGGAGGUGUAAACGAAGGGAGUGUGGUUGGGUGCAAGAGUGCCUGCGAGGCAUUUGGUUUGGACCAAUACUGCUGCAGUGGACAGUUUGCUAACCCAACAACAUGCCAGCCUUCCUUUUAUUCAACCAUUUUCAAGCGGGCUUGUCCAAGAGCAUACAGUUACGCUUUUGACGAUGGCACAAGCACUUUUACAUGCAAAGCCUUUGAAUAUGCCAUUGUUUUCUGCCCUAACGGCAACGGGACGAGACAAGAAGAUGAUUCGUUAGCUCCUCCAAGAUAUCAAGUGCCUGGCAGUGAGAAGGUUGUGCAGCAGAUGGUUUCUUCUUCAAACAUGCUCUUACCGAUUCCGUCACUAAUCCUUCUUCUCAUCUUCUUCUACAUACUCUCUUGA